UGGAGGCAUAUCCGUGUGAUUUAACAACAAAAGCUGCACUGACCGAAGUAAAAACGACAUGCGGCGAACAUUUACCCAUUGCAGUUCAGGUUUCCCCAACAAUGUACUGCGUUUUUGGAAAGCCGACAGCUAACAACCCAGUUGGAUACUGCCAUGUCCGAGUGACGGAGACCACUGUGCGAUGCUGUUCGAAAGAUUGCAAGAUGAUGAUAGGAAAGAGCAAACAACUGAAAUCGAAGUGUCUCUGCAUUCACGUGCAUAUGCUCCUGUGCUUGGGUAUUGUCAAGAAAGAUUCACCUGCGAUGGGCAACGCCAACGACGAACCUACGCACAAUGCCGUCAACGCCGAGAAUGAAGACCACCAACAAGUUUCGGAAAGCCUGUCACGCUCAAAUACAAUUGAGCUAAACAUGAAACGUUCACUGCCUACUCCCAUUCCAAAAGAGAUCAUUUGCAAACCAGGAGUAAUAGAUUCGUCACCUGCUGGGUGGCCAGAAAUCCUUGAGCCAUCGGAAACAUUAUGUGGUUUAUGUAGUAGUCCUCUUGGGGAAGGGAAAGCACACCAUGGUUCUAGAGGGAAAUCGUAUUUGUUGACGGAGUUGAAUCCCUUUAAAGAGAUAAAAGUUCGCGUGAAAAUGUGCACCAACACUAACUGCUCAGCAAUGAAUCAAAUUUUCCCGUAUGAGCUUGGUCUUUUCAACAUAAGCGACAAGAUUCUAGUCCCGUUUCAAAUUUUGCUGGAAUGGAGAGAAUUAUUUAGAAAAGGAGUUCCAAUCUCAAUAGCGAUAAUAAGCAAACUUAAUGCGAUGGCAGAAAGGGCUGCAGAGCCGCCUGAACGAAAUGUAAUUGAAAACUUGGCAAACUACAUUUACAAUGGCUACUACUGCUUCGAGGCUAUCACUGACCGUGAUUUAGAUUCUGUUGUAUGUGGGAUAUGCGGUGUCAUCGGAAAUGUGUACUUUGGCGAUGGAAAUGAAAAAAACUGUUGCGGUAUUGGCCAGAUAGACUAUACGCAACCAGAAAAUGUAUCUGAAAGUUCGCCCCCGACAUUGGAACCCUUUUUAAAUAAAAUAAAACGGCGGUGGGUAGAAAGCACCUCAUAUACGAAAACAGCAGAAAAAUUCAAAGUGCACGUGGCUGAUAUCCCACCUGUAAUUGCUCCGUCAAUGAGAGGCACCCGCCUGUAUAACACAGAGCUACAGAAGAACAGCACAUUUCUGAAAGAGAAUAAAAGCACAAAAGGUGAUCCUGCAUUACUGCAUUCCAUUAUUCGAGAAGGAAAAUUGGAUAUGACCAAGUUAAGAGAGCUUGAUGAAACAUCGCUGAAGUCCUUUUGCCAAGAUUGUCGAAUCCCAAUCGGGGGGAAGUCAAUGGAAAAAAUGCGUGUUGCAUUGCAGACCUUAUAUGAAACACUAUUGGUGGGAUCAAGCCCCUGUCAUGGCUUUACGAAAGUUCCUGGUCAAACUGGUGGUUUUUACCAUAUAGUUUGUCGUCAUGGAGUGACCGCUGCUUCGAAAUUCUUAACUCUGCAAGAAUCUGUGAGAGAUGCUGCAGACCUCUACCUUUCCUUCAAAUAUCCACCUUUGAUGUUCCUGUGUGAUACAGCAUGCGGUUUCGCUCGCCAUAUGGAUUGCCGUGUUCCAGAAGUAGCAAAUCAGCUAUGGGGAAAAUUUUCUGGAUGUUUUGAAGAACCAACUUUGGGGAAACCUCCUGCUAAGGAUAACAGUGUGCCAGUGCUUGCUACUGCCGAGUAUAGGAGUGAGGCCACAGAAGCAACCUGCUAUGAUGAUGGGACAUUUAAGCAUCCAAUUACUGGGAAUGCAAGAAGAUAUGUACUUGGUGAUAGGUUUCAUAAUUCUGCGAACCCGCACAAGUCUCCUUUAUGUGAUUAUCACGAUAUUAAUCUUCUCCUGCAAUCAAAUACCAUCAAGACAAGCUACCAGGAAUGUGAGAAUAACAGAAAAAACAUCCGUCGACUCAGAAGUUCAUGUGUGCAGGAAUUUGGCACUCACUUUUUUUACAAUUACCUCAUGGACUACUUCCAAAAUGAAGAUAUUGUGAAAAAGCAAAGGCAGCUGGCAGCUGCUAAUUUGAAACCAAAUCAGGAACUGAAAAGAGACAGGUUUCAACGUUUUGUUGUUAUUAACAAUGAGUGAAAGUUAGAUAUACCAUC